CUAAUACCCGCUCUUGAUGAAGGUACCAACUAUCGUGUGUGCAAGCAUGCAGGCACAUGGCACAAUUCAUUCGCAUAAGUCUUUGAGCAUUGUGACCCACUCCAGAUGGUAUAAAAGGAGCUCGCUUCCAUUAUUUCUGGCAGAUAUCCUCCCAAGCUCUCAAGCAUAUUGAUAAUUCCAUUACCGCUUGGCUGAUCAAUCCCGCCUCAAACGCCGACUUUCCAGAAUGUCUCCUCAAAUCAUUCUUCCUAUCCUGGCUACUGUCCUUGUCGCAUUGGCCGCAAGCCCAUCGGAAGCCAACCCCAUUAUCUAUGGAAGUAUGACAUGUCACAAUCGCAGCGAUGUUAACCAGAUCCUGCAUCAGGAAGACUACACCAAUGGCUUCUUUGCUUUCUUCCAAUUCGGACGCGACACAGUCAGCCAUGAGUAUUACCCGAACAUGGAGUGUAACUUGGAUUUCAGCGCCAUUGGUGGUCGUCCGGUGAGCGUCAUCUUCCAUCCAUGUACCCUGCCUAUUGGAAAUACAUGCAGUCAGGAUUCAUUGACGGUCAGCACUGCUGCAUCCAAUCCACACACUGUGGUCUGCUCCGACGAUCCAGCUGCUGACCCAGGUGUGAUCGAUACUGGUGAUUCCACCAUGUCCAUCAAAUUCCUCACUGACGCGAGUGGGCAGACUGUGGGUUGCGCUGGGUCCCUGUGGGGCGUCCCGCCGUCAUAAGAAGGAGAGAAGUGCUCCAAGGCAUGGACUUUACGCUGCACUCUUGAGAAUGAGGACGACCUAUUACUUCUGCCUCAAGCUUCAGUGAUACCGGUGCCCUAGAUUUGACCACCAAGUACUUGGCAAGCAGAAGCUACAUGUACAUGUAUGUACAAUGUACAUGUACAUGUACAUCAUUCUGUAUUUUAUUGCUGAUUUUAAUUUUCCACUCCCUUUUAGAAGAUCUAAUAGAACGCUUGUAAUGGUACGGCUACACUCAUUGCAUGAACUGAUUUAUGAUCUGCUGCGCAAUACUGGUUCUGGGGAGUGGUGAUCAGUGCAGCGUUUUUUCUGCAUUUCUUCUGCUUAUCAAUUCUGUGUACUGAGCCAUCUACUUUUAUCUUGAUUAUUGGAAGUACUAAGUGAGGAUUACAGACCCGGCUUUUGACCACUUUUUCCAGCCUCUCUUUUUCGGUUCUCAGAGUUUACACGCCAAUAUCUUCCUCUCAUCCUCACUAAUACAAUGUAUGUUACUGAGUAAUCCUAGAACCUCUUUUAAAAAUCAAUGAUUCAUCCUAUGCCUUUCUAAAGGAAAUAAGAACUUUCAUGCUCAGA